AUGUCACACGAACUUAGCUGCAUUCCGCAGGAAACAAUCACAAGCAUGUCGUACGACGGGGACUUGCUCGUUUCAUUGUGGAGCGGAGAGCUAAUCCUGUAUUCUGGGGCAACAUUCGAGGCCAAGGUGUUGGUCAAGACAGAAAUGCCCAUCACCAAGACCGCAUUUGCACCAGAAAUAGUAACGGGAGAUAUCGAGGGAUGUGUCCGAGUGUACGACAGAUCCCUGAGUGAGACCCUGAAGAUUCAGAGCGGGGUUGGGGGAAUCCAGCUUCUUCAUGGAUACAGAGGAUGUGUUGUUGCAGGAGGAUGGGGCAGGAGGAUCGCAUUUAUCAGCGGAUGCGUGGAGAAUGUACUGGAUACAGAGAAGAAGGUGUACUGCUCCGAUUUGGGCGGGGACAUUCUGCUGGUAGGCCAGCAGGAGUGUGUUGUCGGAUAUGAUCUGCGCACAAAUGCAAUCUUCUUCACGAGAAGAUUCAACAUGCUUGUAAGGUCGUUGGCCUUAGUCAGUGGAGGGUUCUUUGCAGGCACAACAGAUGGGAGAAUAUACUACGAAGACUUUGAGGACAGGUCUAGAUCCUAUGUGUUCAAUGCCCAUUGCUCUGUGUCUGGAGACUCGAAAAUCUUCUAUCCCGUGAACUCCAUGGCGGUGGGGAGGUACUUGGUGUCUGGGGGGUCAGACGGAAAGGUGCUCAGGUGGAAGCUUGGGCCCAAGAAGACUUACAAGGAGAUUGCCGGUGACGGAGUGGGGGUAAGUAGCCUUUGCAUGGUUGGGGAAAAGGUGGCGGUGGGGUUUUCUUAUUCGUACGACAGAGGCCCAUGCAGAGAUGCCUGCCGCAGUAGGGUGGCGGUAGUCGAUCUGUAG